AUGGUGGACGAGGCGGGGGUGACCGCCUUUCUCGACACGAAUCCCGAGUUCCUGGAGCGCUACGUGACUUCCUCAGCCGUCAGCCGCGAGGCGUUCAGCCGCUGGGGUCAGCAGCGCCGACGCGCCCAGCGCGGCGACUCCCUCCGCAGCUUCGAGUUGCCCUCCACCCCGUGGACGAAUCGAGACCUCAGCAGCCGUCGUCGCAUACUGCUCGACCAUGGUGACCAGACGCUGCGCCUCCUCUACGAGCUGACCGCAUGUUGUGGCCAACUUGUCGGCAUGGCCAGCGAAAUGCUCGAGCUGGUGGUGCACAACGACGAGGGCGCGUUCGUCGUCUACAAGAGCCGCACCGAGCAGCAGUUCAAGCUCAAGAAGAUGGCCACCCAUUUCGCCUCCGAGGGCACCCUGUUCGACUCGUUCACCCGCCAGCGCAAGCUCUCCUCCUUCCUCCUCGACGUCGCCAAGUCCAUCUUCCAAGACAUUGUCAGCAUGGACGCCGUCAUCCUGAAGGUGAUGAACUACGCGCAGAAGUUGGUGUCCGCCGAGCGCGCCUCCCUCUUUCUCGUCGACUCCAAGACGGAGGAGCUGUACGCGCGGAUUUUUGACGUGGGGCAAGGGACGGACGAGCACGUCAAGAUCAACAAGGACGGGCAGAAGGAGAUACGGUUCCCAAUGUCAAAAGGCAUCGCCGGUGUUGUCGCCGCCACCGGCCAGGGGCUGAACAUCGAAGAUGCGUACACAGACCCCCGCUUCAACAAGGACAUUGACGAACGGACGGGUUACCGUACCCGUUCCAUCCUGUGCAUGCCCAUCUUCAUCCGCCAUCACGUCAUUGGGGUCGUCCAGAUGGUGAACAAGACCGACGGCAUCUUCAACAAGAGCGACGAGGAUGCAUUUGAGAUGUUUGCCGUCUACUGUGGGUUGGCGCUGCACCACGCCAAGCUGUACGACAAGAUCAGGAGGAGUGAGCAGAAAAAUCGUGUCGCUCUCGAAGUCCUGGCCUACCACUCGGUGUGCAACCGCGACGAGGUGGCCAAGCUGAAGAAGAUCACGCUCAGGGAUCGCAUUGAGGAGCUGGAGACGUACGACUUCAACGGGAUGCGCCUGUCCGAGUUAGAGAAGCCGCUGUACGCCGUCUACAUGUUCAAGCACUUGUUCCACGAGACAAUG